UCUCAAUCAUCCCGCUGACAGCCUGCCGGCUUUAUCCAGAUUCCACACUCCUCCACGCCCCGGCCCGCCCACCGUUUUUCUUUCCUUUCUCUAGCAUCGUUGACGUCGCCGACAAUAAUGGCUUCGUCUAUGCUGCUUCGCUCAAUGCUGCCUAGAACCUUUGCCUCCGCGACUGGACGUAAUGUCUUGCGAUCUGCAUCAGUGCAAGGUAAGGACAUUUUGAACCUUGUCUCCUCUUCACUUAUGUUACAUUUCAAAGUGAGAGCAAGUUCGACUGCUCAAUAUGUUCCAGGUGGACCUAUCAUAAAGGGUACAGUCAACGACCCUGUCGAGUUCCCUCACCCAUCAAAGAUACAUGGCUCGUAUCACUGGGCAUUUGAGCGACUUCUUGCGGCCUCCCUCGUUCCCAUGACCGCAGCAGCUUUUGUGACCUCCGGGUCAUCUUACCCAGUUCUCGACGGAUUGCUUGGUCUCAGCUUAGUGAUGCACUCUCACAUCGGGUUCGACUCAAUGGUUGUGGACUACGUGCACAAACGCAAAUUCCCUAUCAUUGGCCCUAUCCUGACCUGGACACUGAGAACCGCGACGGUUGGCGUGCUUGUCGGCGUUUAUCAGUUCAAUACAAAUGAUAUUGGUUUGACAGAGCUGAUUGCGAAGGUCUGGACAGCGUGA